UACCAGUUGGACAUUCUGGACACCUCUGGAAACCAUCCUUUCCCCGCUAUGAGGAGACUCUCUAUCCUUACUGGUGAUGUUUUUAUCUUGGUGUUCAGUCUGGAUAACAGAGACUCCUUCCAAGAGGUCCAGCGCCUGAAGCGUCAAAUUUACGAGACCAAGUCCUGCCUGAAAAACAAAACCAAYGAGAACGUGGAUGUCCCGAUAGUUAUCUGCGGGAACAAGUGUGACCGGGAGUUUAACCGGGAGGUUCAGAAUGAGGAGAUUGAGCAGCUGGUGGCUGGUGAUGAACAGUGUGCCUACUAUGAGAUCUCUGCAAAACGGAACACUAAUGUCGACCAGAUGUUUCAGACUCUUUUUACCAUGGCUAAACUGCCCAACGAGAUGAGCCCGGACUCUCACCGCAAAGUGUCCUUACAGUUUUGCGAAGUACUGCAAAACAGCAGAAGAAAGUCAUUCAGAAAUAAGAAAUACAAAGACAGCGAGGUAUACGGGAUUGUGGCACCGUUUGCGCGUCGACCAAGCGUGCAAAGUGACUUAAUGUAUAUCAAAGAGAAAGCUACUGGCUGCAGCCAGGGAAAAGAGAAAGACAGAUGCACCAUUUGCUAAGGACUCACUUGACAAUGCACAUGGAGACAUGUUACGAGAUGUUCUAUACAGCGAUGGAGAUGAUACCCGCCAGGCUUCGUGCCAGUGUGCCGAGUCCGGGAUAAGGAAGCACGCCAAGACGCAGUGACAGCCAGGGGUGUAUGUCCCAAACCAUGCGAGAAGGCAUGCCAUGGUCAAUGACAGAUAUUUCCCUGUGGAGUCAGGGUGAUCAAAUGUGAUCUGGCUUCAGAGAACCUCUAGUGUUCUUGUCACUAUAGCUACAUGCUGUAAAAUGACAUUACUGAAUGGAGAAUGUAGCCUACACUUAUGGGGUGGCAUUUGUUUACAUUUUCUUUUUCCACACGGAACUGAACUUGAAUGUUAAUUUCAUACUUAACGCAUAUGAAUGCUUAUUCUUAUGUCAUCGUUUACUUUUCACAAAAAAAGAAACAUGGAGAAAAUAAAAUUAUCAAUUUGAAACGUAUAUCCUAUGUCUGUCAUCAUUUUUAACAUUGGUAAAGCAUAUUCCCAAGCCCUUUCAGUGACACUCAUACCAUGAGCUAAACAAGUAACCUGUACCUCAUUUAUGAAAUACAUCAUUUCUGUGAAGAGUAUAGCAUAUGGUAGCUAGCAGAUUGAUGUUUCAUUUAGGCCGACAAGCUAUUAACAUGUAAUUCAUGAAAAAUAACAGCGCACGUAAGGUGGCUCAUGCUACAAUCUUUCUAAGAAACGGAGUAAAAACAAGUCACAAGGAAUUAAAACAAAGGUUUAUUUUAGACCUACCGCAUUGAAAAUCUGCAGCACUCAAUCUUUAUAGCACACCAACAAAACCAUGACCUAAAAUAAGAAUCCACUGCAUAUACAAACUUGACGAGGGCAUUAUAAUUCAGUAUGGAUAAAAUAAAAA